AUGAAUGAUAAUAUAAAAAUAUUUUAUGGUGAGGCUGGCCUACGAAAGAUUUCUCGAUUUUUAAUAGAAGAUGAUGAUUUAAUGGCCGGCGCAUUUAUCGCGCAGUGGGCGGUAGAAGAACGCAAAUGCUGCUUCAUCUACUACGAAUCAGAAAUUCCUGUAGCUUUUAUUCUUUUAUCUGAUUUAGACUAUGACCCACUUAAUGGGCAUCGUCGACCUAGAUUACUAAAUUUCAUUUACACAUCACCUCCAUAUCGAAGAAUGGGCUAUGCGUCUAAAUUGUUGGAUUUUACUAGAAGUAUCAAUAUACGGUUUACGGCUUUUUGUUCAAAUACGAUUUCCGAAAACUUGUUUAAAAAAAAGGAUUUCUGUAUAAACCAUAUGCUAACGGUUCACCAAUGUUUAGAGCUCCUGACGACUUGUGAAUGGUUUGUUUGUUAA